AUGGAAGAUAUUUACAAUAUCAACAAGAUGAAUCUCCCUUUUGUAUCUUGUUUGGAAAACGUUAACGUUUCUUCUUAUACUCCUGCUACUACUACUACUUCGGAAUUGCAUCUAGGACUCGUUCGUGCUGUUACUAAUAAUAACUGCCAACAUCAACCGGAUCUAAUCGGGUCGGAUAUAUCGGAUCGGAUUAUCAAGAACCAGAUCGCCACUCAUCCUCUUUAUCCAAAUCUACUAUCUGCUUUCAUAGAAUGCCAAAAGGUUGGAGCACCGACGGAAGUUGUGUCUCUUCUCGAAGAAAUAGGCCGUGAAAGCCACCACACCAAUGUUCUACGUCAGAUAGGAGAUGAUCCUGACCUUGAUCAAUUCAUGGAAUCAUACUGUGAAGUUCUUCAUAGAUACAAAGAGGAGUUGUGGAAACACAUGAAUGAAGCGAGUUUGUUUUUGUGUGAUAUUGAAUCACAAUUGAGCCAACUUUGCAAAGGCACAUUAAAAAUCUCAUCUGAUUAUAACAACAACCGUUCAGAUGAAGCUGCAGGGACAUCAGAGGAUGAAAUGAGCUGUGAAAAAGUUGAAGGUGUUCAUGAAGCUUGUGUCUCAUCAUGUCCAAGUGACAAAGAGCUUAAACAAAUGCUCCUUCGUAAAUAUGGAGGUUAUCUUAGUAACUUGAGAAAGGAAUUUCUUAAGAAAAGGAAAAAGGGUAAAUUACCAAAAGAUGCAAGAAUAGCAUUGCUGGAUUGGUGGAAUGUUCAUUAUAGAUGGCCUUAUCCCACGGAGGAGGAGAAAAUGCAGCUAUCGGAAAUGACUGGACUUGAUAUAAAGCAGAUUAAUAACUGGUUCAUCAAUCAGAGGAAAAGACACUGGAAACCAUCUGAAGAUAUGAGAUUUGCUGUUAUGGAGGGUGUGAGUAGCAUCGGCAUAGCAGAACCUCUAUAA